CGUUGCAUUCUGUUGUAAUCUCUUUGAAAACAUCGUACAAAGUGAAUCAUUGCAAGUAGCCGUAUUUGCCGUAUUUUGUUUUGGGCGUGAAAGGACAAAUCGUUUCAUUUGUUCUGUAUUCUAUUUGACUAGCCUGGCAACAGAUCUGAAAAUCCCAUUGAUUGAUCUUCACUUGCGCUCCCCACUGACAUCCAGAGAAAACAGCAGCGAAUGUAUAGUGUGUGGAUUUAAAUUGGACGAAGACCAAUAAUCUGAACACAAAUGAACACAGUUGAUUGCUCAAAACAGAGGAUUCGCGUACCAAUAUCUGCUGUAACCCAAAAAAAAUUCAAAGAGGGAUAUAAAAUCGUUUUAGGGCGAGCGUUCUGCACUCUGCGUGAGCUGAGGUGCAACAACACAGCUGGACUCGGGGGAGUCGAAAAGAAAGACCUAAUGCUUAUGCAUGAUGAGCAUUAUAUAACGGCUCUGUAGCCUACCUAUUAUUCGGUACUAGCAGUUUACCUCUCCUUUUAACAAACGGUUAAUGCGGAGGAAGAAGACGGCAACUGAGAUACCCAGGCGGAUAAGGGGACGAGGAGACAAGUCGGCCUGAAAAGAAGGAGGCUCCUGCUACGGUGAACCUCGUCCAGACAUCAGCCAUCUACCUCAAUACAGCUUCACACUACCACCUCCUUCAGCCAUGGACCCCCCGAGGACUCGCUCACGAUCGCGGUCAGGAUUCUAUCAUUAUGGCAUGAACGGGGGAGGGAACGGCAGCAACGCAAUCGGCAACGGGAGUAUGUUAAAUUCCAGCGGCGGGGUCGGGGUUAACUACCCCCAACAGAACAACCCCGGGUGGAUGCCUCACGGGGCACGCAGCUACACGGAUAACCAACAUACCCAGGGGAACUACCUACCUGCCGGGGCUCAGCGGCAUGCUUCUCACGGAGCACACAGACAUCUUGGCGCUGGGGGAGGGCUUCACUUUCACUCAGACAGUGUGUGCAAUGACGACCGGGACAAGAUGGAGGACAGUCCGAGCCCUAAGCGACAGCGUCUCUCCCAGCAGUCUGUCUUGGACCUCAGCUCGGUCUCCCCCCCGACUCCCUCCUCCCCCAUCCGUCCGUGGGAGCUGCCCCCCAGUCGCCGUCCUCACCCCCACUACAUGCCCGAGCGCUGUCACACGCCCGUCCGCAACCGCCGCAGCCCUCCAAUGAGACGCCAGCGUGGCCGCCGGGACCGCCUCACCCGUCACCACCCUCACCCCCACCCUCACCCCCACCACCAGCACCAUUACCACCAUCACAACCCCCACCACCACCACCUUCCCCCUCACCCCCACCACGGCCCUCCCUCUGGGCCCCAGGACGAGAACUACCGCCACGCCACGCUCCCCCAGACGUACCCCUUCGCCCAGCAGGCCCCCCGGGGUCCUCCCCUCGAUGAGAGGCCUUACCACCCCUCCAACCUGUCCCCACGGAGCCUCCACCCCUCCAACCUGUCCCCACGGAGCCUCCACCCCUCCAACCUGUCUCCUCGGCUGCUGCACCCCGCCGCCCACCCCCAGCACCCCCACCCUCCCCAGCACCCCCACCCUCCCCAGCACCCCCACCCUCCCCAGCACCCCCACCCUCCCCAGCACCCCCACCCUCCCCAGCACCCCCACCCUCCCCAGCACCCCCACCCUCCCCAGCAGCAGAGCACCAUGAUGCUGGAUCUCCAUGACCAGGCUUCUGCUCAGGUGUCCUACCCAGUCUCUCCUCCAGGGGCCCCCCCUGGCCUGCCCCCCCGCUCCGCCCCCCAGCAGCUCCCAGCAUGCUCAGUGGUCUUCAGCGGUCAGCAUUACCCCGUCUGCAGCGUGGCACCGCCUGUUCUGCAGACCUGCUCUGUGCAGCACCUGCCCAUGCCCUACCACUUCCCCUCGCUGCUCUCCAGUGACCCCGCCUUCCUCCUGCCCCCCCACCUCUCCCAUCAACCACCCCCACACCUGUCCCACCACCCCGCUCACCUGCCCCAGCCGGGCCAGUUCGGACCCUACCCCACCCAGCAGGCCCGCUCGCCCCUGCAGAGGAUAGAGAACGAUGUGGAGCUCCUGGGGGAGCACCUGUCGUUGGGGGCGGGGCUCCACUACCCCCCUGCCACACACCCCUCACUGCCCCCCCACUCCACCCAGCUGCACUUCCUCUCCCAUGAUCCUUUGCCACAGGAGUUCUUUGGAGUGUCGUAUCCAAACUUCAUGCCUCGUCGUAUCCCAGGGCGACGCCACCGCUCCCAGCUGCCACUGCCACCCUCGCCUUACCACCCCAGCUUCCUGCCUUACUUCCUGUCCAUGCUGCCCGUGCAGCCCGCAGGCCCCGCCAUCAGCCUGGAGCUGGACGUGGACGAUGGGGAGGUGGAGAACUACGAGGCCCUGCUCAACCUGGCGGAGCGGCUGGGCGAGGCCAAGCUCCGGGGCCUGACCAAGGGGGACAUCGAGCAGCUGCCCUCCUACCGCUUCAACCCCAACAACCACCAGUCAGAACAGACCCUGUGUGUGGUGUGUAUGAGUGAUUUUGAGUCUCGCCAGCUGUUGAGAGUUCUACCCUGCAGUCACGAGUUCCAUGGCAAGUGCGUCGACAAGUGGCUAAGGGCUAACAGGACGUGUCCCAUCUGUCGCGCCGACGCCUCCGAGGUCCAGCGAGAUUCUGAGUGACCACCAGAGGGAGACAAACCACUCCAACUGUUAAACAGUUUUAGCACUGCCCCCCCCCCCUCGCCCACACAAACACACAAUCCUGUCCAACCCUAUCGACUUCUGUUAAGCCUCACGUCUUCUCAGCUGUGAAUGUCCUUCAGCUUGAACUGCACCUGUGUGUGUGUGUGUGUGUGUGUGUGUGUAACCGAGUUUAAUUGGUUGUUACAUGUGCAUGCAUAUGUAUGAACAUAAAAUUGCCUGUGUGUAUGAUUCCUGGCCUCUGUGUUUGUCUGUGUGUUUGUGAGACUGGAUUGGUGUUUCUGAGCAUGCAUGAGUUUCUAUAUGUACCAGACCUUAGAUAUGUCUGAGUGUGAAUGAAUGUGAGCAGGACAGUAUGCGCGCGCACACCAGGGCAUCUUAUAUGCUUCAUUCCACCUGAAUUCAACCAUCAUGUCUGGGAUCUAAUCCUUCUGCCAACUGACUUACAUAGGGGUGAAUACCACCAAAUGACAGGUCCAUGUCUAUAAAGGUUUUCCAGUGCUUAAAAACAGACUUCUCCGAUUCCUACCUCACUGGUGGUGAACAGGCGUCUGCAUGGAUGGAGGAUGAAGCGUGUCGACCGUCUCUCCCUGAGGUUGAGGAACUUGCCUCCAAGCCACAACUCCCCUGCCACUAAACGUUUGUCAGAUGCAGUUGAAUCACGUAGACGUUUUACAAAUGCUGCACGCUGGCUUUUCACCGCUGUAGCUUGUCUCAACCAAACUUACAGCACAGGACGUGAGGACUUGCUUCUCUAGUGUUUGCGAACUUCCAACGGCUACUGAUUUGGUGUUGUGACUGCUGCAGUGUGGUAAAGUAGGAGAGGAGCCCAGCGCCACAAUGCCCGCAUGCCCCAUCGGUUGCCCCACCGGUGUGUCUUUCGAUCCAUCUGGGCCAUUAUUAGCGUCUCAGUAGUUCUUUCUGCUAAGCAGUUACCUCAUCAUUCCGUUUUUGAACAUUGUUCACUUCAACACUUACCUGUACUCAACUUGAGCGCGUUUGUAUCCUUAUAUAUAUAUUUUUCUUUCUUCUUGUUUUUGUUUCGUCCCUAUUAAAGAUAAAGAUUUUGUCUGUGACUUUGCAGUGGCACAUGUUAUAUCUAUAUACAAGACUGUAUAAAUAUAUGAAAUAUUAUCUGUAUACCAAAUAAAAGGCUUGAUAUGAACUUUUUAAAUAUAAGUCACCUUUUUGUACAGUUUUUAAAAAACGCCCAGUGGUUACAGUUUGGUUGUGCUGGAUUUCUCUGUGCUGAAUGUGUUAGAUUUGAGGUGGUGGUAAAUCAAUAAAAUAAUAAUACUCACCAACA